AUGGCCUUCUCCAUCACUAGGAAGCGUUUGGCCUGCGCAGAAUGCACGCGCCGCAAAGUCAAGUGCGAUAAGACGGUCCCUUGUCACAACUGUGUCGCAAGGAACAUCAGCUGUUCGCGAGUCAGGGCCUCCCGAUUCUCCUUCGAUGCAUCGCCUUCGGAAUCCGCUACUUGCCUAGCCGAAUCAUCAUCUCCUCGUCGAACGAGUGGUAACAGCCAAGUCCUCGGCUUGGUUGAGACUUUACAAGCACGAGUGAACGACCUAGAAUUUGCGCUACAGCAAGCAAAUGCAUUGCAAACAAGCUCCAGUGAAGCCAUUCAACCACAGACACCGCUCCCCACAACAACGAGUUCGCACCAGCGAGAAGAGUUCCCCAACGACGCAUCAGAGGUGGAAGAUGCGGCAACGAUACUGGAAUUUCUUGCCUGGGGUCGUCGGAAACAGUCAAAAUACCAAGAUUCGUUUACGCCGCGAGGUGAACUUGCUCAACGAUCACCCGGACCAGUCGACUCGGAGGACGAUGGUCCGUUUUUUUCAUCAAAAGAAUCUUUCCGUAGUUAUCUAGAGACACUCCUCCCAAGUCGGUCGCAGGUCGUCAGCCUAGUGAAGUACCAUUGUGACUGUCUCCUAUGGUAUCAUGGGUCAUUCCACUCGCUAGUAUUCUGGAGAAGCCUCGAGGACUUUUACCAAGAAGAUGAAGGCCACAUCGAUAACCCUAAUGUUGAUUUACAAUGGCCAAGAAAUUGCAACGAAGACGACAUGAUGACCCUGCCUGAUGACGUACCAACCUUGAUGAAUUAUUCGCGCUUCUUCUAUGACAUUGCUGCCCUUAUGCCUCGCGUACAAGAUGCAAUUGCUUCCUCAAACACAGUAUUCACUAGUUAUGAGAAACUUCUCGAGUACGACCAGCAGAUGAGAUAUCUUGCUACUGUCCGUUUACCGUACUAUCUACAAAAUGUGCCGAUUGAACCGGAUUGGCCAUGCUAUGUUCCGUGGGCAAGACGAUGCUUAGCAAUCAGCUCGUCACACAAGAUUAUCAUGAUCCAUCGAAAGUUUCUUGGCUUGAGUUUUACGAACCCCAUGUUCUCUCGCACAAGGCGUACCUGCGUUGCCGCGGCCCGGACUAUUAUCAACGAGCAAAAAGAAGCCGCGGGGGAUCACGGUCCAAUUCUGUGGAUCCAUCAUGCUUUUAGUGUAGCUGCAGGGCUGACACCACAGUAA